AUGAAUACAACAGAAAGGGAACUUCAACCUGGCUUCAGGAGGAGUCGCAUGACAACUAUAAGAGGACCUAGGACAAGAAGUGUUGUAACAUUCAAUCCAACAACUAUUAGUCCAGGUGAAGAGCUGUACAUUAACAUUCCAAAGCUUAAGUCUGACUCUUGCCUAGUCCCCGGAUCACUUGCACUAUUAUUUGACUUCAAGAAUUCCAACACAAAGAGUAGAUUUAAGAACAAUCUUGCUAAGUUGCUAACAAAACGUCUUCAAAUCAAAGUAGCUGGUGAGACAGCUUAUGACUGCUCAGGAGAGAGUCUGUACGAAAUAUACAAGGAUCUAUUGCUAACACUAGGUGACGGAAAUAAGAUGACUGAAUAGGGUCUUGCAAGUGAUAAUCUUAGAAAGCUAAUCUCAGGUGAUGACUCAGGUGUAAAAGUGUGUGAUGCUGGUAAAGUAGCAGAUGCACUACUCCACAGUGUAUACGGUUCUAAGCUGAGAAAACCAAUUGAUAAGAUAAUAGAAGACCAUGGACUUUACACUCCAUUCUCCAUGAAUAAUAAUCCUAUGUACGUCCUCACACUGCCACAAUCAGAUGAAAUUAUGACUGCCCAAGGAGGUGAAGCUAAGGGUGAUUACAAACUUGAUAAUCUUGAGCUAGAAUACGAGACCAUCGAUAAUGACAACCUUGCAAGUGAAGUAUCAAGGCUCUAUUCAACAGGUCGCUCGCUGUCCUACAAACACGUAACUCUAAUGCGUACAAGUAAUUGGGAUAAAGAUAGUACCAUUAUCAAUGAAAAUAUAAAUAUGCCCAGGAAGAGCAUGUCAGCAAUUUUCCUUCUAUUCACAAGCAAAGUGAGAACUGAUAGUGAAGAAUACAUUUACGCAAACAUUGAUAAAGUCAACAUGACAAUUGAAGGAGUGCCCAAUGCAGUCUUCUCCCAGGGUCUUCCUAAAAACAGAUUCUUCGAAGAGGCAAAAAGGUUCUUCUGCCCUAUGUGUGAGAAAUCCAUGGCUGACGAGUUUAUGUCCAUCACUAAGUUCUUCAGUAACGGUUUCGUCUUAGUAGUCGAUCUUAGGUCAACACAAGAUGAUACCACAGGUGGAGGAAAGAAGAUUGUAAAUACACAGUCUGGCGUACUUCGGGAAAUCAAAAAGAGAGCCACAACUGCUGAUGUUCAGUGCAACAUCUUUAUUGUAUCAGAUGCUCUCCUUAACUUUGCUAAUAGAGAUCUAUCAAGCAUUCAAUACUAA